AUGAGGCUAUCCCUCACCCACGCCGGGCUAUGGUGCCUCUGCGCGGCCCAGGGCGUUGCUGCUUCCGUUGGGCAUCGACAUCAGCAUGGCGGGUCCAUCACCCCUGAAACUCGGGGUCACGAAGCUCACGGUCACGAAGCUCGGGGCCACCAACCUCACGGCCACCAAGCUCGCGGCCACGAAGCCCGCUCCCGCCGGGACCCGGACGUCGACCCCCGAGCCGCAGCCAAGGCCGCCAUCGACUCAAUGAACAGCGCCUUCUUCAACUCGACCCUGGCCGUCUGGGCGCCGACUGAUCCCUGGUGGCUCAGCGGCGUCGCCAUCACCAGCGUCAUCGACUACAUGCGCAAGACCGACACCACCGACUACCUGGACAAGGUCACGGCCAUCUUCCAAGCCCAGCGGUCCCAGGCCCCCGGCGGCGCCGGCGACUUCCGCGCCGAGUCCACCGACGAUACCGGCUGGUGGGCCCUCGCCAUGGUCCGCAUGUUCGACAUCACCGGCGACCGCCAUUACCUGGACCUCGCGGCUGGCGAUGAGGCCUACAUCUACCAGUCCUGGUCCGAGAAACCCUGCGGUGGUGGUAUCUAUGUCGACAUCGCCGCCCGGACCUACAAGAACGCCAUCGCCAACGAGCUGUACAUCAAGCUCGCCGCGGCGCUGCACAACCGCAUCCCGGGCGACACCGUGUAUCUCGAGAGGGCGAAGAAGGCCUGGAAGUGGUUCAAGAGCUCCGGCAUGAUCAACGAGGGCGGGCUCAUCAACGACGGACUGGCCUCCCGCAAGGACGGUACCUGUUUCAACAACGGCUUGCCUGUGUGGACGUACAACCAGGGUGUUGUUCUCGGUGCUCUCGUCGAACUCUACCACGCCACCUCCAGCACAGGCUAUCUCCAAGACGCCCGCGCCAUCGCCGACGCCGUGCUCUCCUCCUCCCCCUCCAAACGCGGCAACCCCUCCCUGGUUGACCACGCCUCCAUCCUCACCGAAGGCGACUGCUCCGGCCCCCGCGAAGCCUCCGGCGGCUGCAACGUCGACCAGCAAAUCUUCAAGGGCGUCUUCAUGUACAACCUCGCCGAGCUCGACGAGGCCAUCGCCCGUGCUGGUAUCGACUCUGAUGAUGGUGGGAGGCCCUACGCUAAGUUCCUGAGGAAGAAUAUUCGGAGUGCGUAUGUGCAUGCACGGGGGAAGGGGACGAGUGGCUUGGCGGGGGGUGCGGAUUUGUAUGGGGUUGCCUGGGGUGGGUUGGAUCCUGGGAGGGCGCAGUGGACGGCUACGUUGGGGACGCAGGCGAGUGCGUUGGGGUUGUUGAUUAGUGGGAUUUGA